AUGGAGUACCGUUACCUUGGCAAUUCAGGACUUAAAGUCAGUAUCCUCUCACUGGGAUCCUGGAUCACAUUUGAUCAAACGAGCGAUAUUGUCAAGACAGCAUUGGAGUUGGGUAUCAAUCAUUUCGAUGUUGCGGAAAGUCAUGCCGGAGGACAGGCGGAAAUCGACCUUGGUCUGGCUUUGCGUAGUCAGAAAGGGCUUCGAAGGUCGGAUUUUGUGAUUUCCACCAAAGUGUUUUGGGGUGGAAAAGGAGCCAAUGAUCGCGGAUUAUCACGAAAGCACGUAUUCGAAGGCACUGUCGCCUGUCUUCAGCGAUUGCAACUCGAUUAUGUCGAUGUUUUAUACGCACAACGUCCAGAUCCCGAUACACCAAUGGAAGAAGUGGUGCGUGCAUUCAACUGGUGCAUUGACAAGGGCAUGGCAUUAUACUGGGGUACGAGUGAAUGGCCGGCACAUAUGAUUGUGGAAGCCAUGAGUGUGGCUAGUCGAUUAGGAUUGAUCGCACCUAUUACUGAGUCACCACAAUAUAAUAUGUUAAAUCGCGAUCGUGUGGAGAAGGAAUAUCUUCAACUGUAUCAAAAAUUCAAAUUAGGAUUGUGCACCUGGUCGCCCUUGGCUUCCGGCUUACUGACCGGUAAAUACAAUGACGGUGUCAUUCCGCCAUAUACUCGAUUGGCGAUCCAAGAUCAUCCGGUCAUUAACCGGCUGCGCGCUGGUUUUUUUAGCGAUGAAGGACGGCGUAAGGUGGAGAAAAUCAAAACCAUGUGUGUAAGUGUACGAGAUGCGAAAUCUAUCGGGAGCUCAGGGAUGUAGUUGUUAACAUGGGCACCGUCAUCACAGGCGAUUGCUCAGCGAUUAGGCUGUACACCGGCGCAACUGGCCAUUGCAUGGUGCCUGAAAAACCCUCACAUUUCUUCCGUGAUCAUCGGAGCCUCCACACCGGCGCAAGCCAAGGAGAAUAUUCAGGCUCUGCAAAUUCGACAUCUUUUGACAGACGAGGUGAUGGUUGAUCUUGACAGAGUAAGUGUCUAAUGAAAUGGGACACUAUGAAGGGUAAGCAUUAGCGGUAACCAUCUAUUCGUUUGA